AUGGCGGCCGCGCGGCCGGUGCGGCUUUCGUCGCUAGUGGGUCGGUUGCUCCCGGCGCCGCGGCGGAACCUGGCAGUCCGUGCUUCCGACGAGCCCUUGCCCGUGGUGCGCAUCCCGCGGGCGUUGCAGCGACAGCAGGAGCAGCGACAGAGCGGUCGUGGGAGUGGGCGGCGGCCGGUGGUGGUGCGACCUGGAGCCCUGCUGGUGUGGGCGCGGCGGCCCGAAUGGAGGCAGCCCGCGCGCCUCGCCCUGAGCCGUUGGCAGUGCGCGCCUCUGGCCUCCCUCGGCUGGAAGCAUCGCCGCGCUCGCGGGGACCAGUUCUCCAUCGAGCGCGUGCGACAGGAGGCGCCCGCCCUCUGCAACCCGUCGUCCCAGGGCAGUUUUGCACACCUAGGUCUGGAGCCCCGAGUCCUGCGCGCCCUUGAGGAAGCCGCGCCCCAGGUGAUUCGUCCCACCACGGUGCAGUCGAGUACCAUCCCCCCAAUACUACGCGGCCACCACGUCGUCUGCGCCGCGGAAACCGGCAGUGGCAAGACUCUGAGCUAUCUACUACCUCUGUUUCAACUGCUGUUGAGCCGGCCAAGUCUGGACUCGAGCACCGCCACCGCCCCCCGGGGCCUGAUUCUUGUGCCUUCCCGAGAAUUAGCCGAGCAGGUGCAAGCUGUGGCCCGGUCACUGGGCAAGUCCUUGGGCUUGCAGGUGCGGCAGAUAGAGGGAGGUCAUGGCAUACGUAGGAUCAAGCUGCAGCUGUCCAGACAGCGGUCAGCAGAUGUGCUGGUGGCCACUCCAGGGGCUCUGUGGAAGGCUCUGAAAAGUCGGCUGAUCAGCUUAGAACACCUCUCCUUCAUGGUGUUGGAUGAAGCGGACACACUGCUGGAUGAAAGUUUUCUGGAACUGGUGGACUACAUCUUGGAAAAGACCCAUAUUGCAGAAGGCCCGGAUGAGUUACAAGACCCCUUUAACCCCAGAGCUCAGUUAGUGCUGGUGGGAGCUACAUUUCCUGAAGGUGUAAGCCAGUUGCUGAGUAAAGUUCCCAACCCAGAGUCUCUCAUUACCAUCACCAGCUCCAAGCUCCACUGCAUCAUGCCUCAUGUCCGACAGACGUUUAUGAAGCUGAAGGGAGCAGAGAAGGUGACAGAGUUGGUGCAGAUCCUCAAGCAGCAUGAUAAAGCACGGAAGACUGGGUCCUCUGGAACCGUCCUGGUGUUCUGCAACAGCUCCAGCACUGUGAACUGGCUAGGCUAUAUUCUGGAUGACCACAAGAUCCAACAUCUAAGGCUGCAAGGGCAGAUGCCAGCCGCCAUGAGGGCAGGGAUUUUCCAGUGCUUCCAGAAGGGCUCCCAAGACAUCCUUGUUUGCACAGACAUAGCCUCUCGUGGCCUAGACAGCACUGGUGUGGAACUGGUUGUCAAUUAUGACUUCCCCCCUACCCUGCAGGAUUAUAUCCACAGAGCAGGAAGGGUGGGCCGUGUGGGGAGCGAAGUGCCAGGGAAGGUCGUCAGCUUUGUGACCCAUCCCUGGGAUGUGAGCCUGGUUCAGAAGAUUGAGUUGGCAGCUCGCCGAAGAAGAAGCCUUCCAGGACUUGCAUCCUCAGUCAGAGACCCUUUGCCUCAAGAAGCCUGAUUUUGGUUGGCUUAAAUGUCAUGUUAGAGCAGGAAUCUUGCUGGGGUCCCAGAUGGAUUAGCACACUUGUAGAGGACACUGGACUACUGUUGCUACUCUGAGGGCAUUAGGAGCUGAGCAAGGCGAGUUUUUCACAUGAUAAUAAAAAAAAUACAGUGGUUUUACUUCAUAUCAUGUAAUGAUUUCUAACAAUAAAUGAUUUGUUUUGA